GAGAAAUGAUUCUAGUCAUGGUCUGUGGUAAAACUUGGGAGUGAGUGUAAACAAUAAGAUAUAAAGAAGAUUGGAUCCUAAAGAAAUUAAAAAAAUAAACAAAUAAAGGGAAGAGAGACAGAGAUGCAUACGCUAUAGGCUACACCCACAAACCAACCUUUUUGUUGUACUUAAAUAAAAUGUGGCUGAUUUAUCCUUGAUGGAUCCGCUUUUCUCGCUUCUGCUUCUUCCCCAGCGUCCUAUAACCUUUCAGCUUUUCUUCGGACCUCAAACCAACACACUCUUCCACGUUCUCUCCUGUCUGUCCACCCUCUCCAUCCCUCUGUUCUAACAACUGGACUCCUUCUUCUUCUUCUUCUUCUGUCGUUGUCACCCUCAUAUCUUUCCGUUGCUCGAGGGAACCUUUUUUUUUUUUUUAAUUCUUUUUGCUUAGCAUCUUUUUAUAUUUUUCCAAGCAGGAGAGAGGUUUUCCUUGAGGAUAUGGGGAGGGACUGGUAUUGGGGUAGUUGGGCUAAAAGUUCCUCAACCUCCAACAAGAGGGCAUCAGAGAAAGACUCUGGUCAAACUACUCCGUCUAGUUGCAUCAGUGCUGUCUUUCACUUGUUUGAUUUCCAUCAUUUCCAGUUCUCUUUAAGCGACCAGACUAGUAGUAGCAGUUGUAGUUGUUUCAAGCCUGACUCUUUUCUCUCUCCAGACACCACCACCCUUAAAGGUGCAGAGGCGCCAAGGAACAGUUUGGAAUCAGAGGAGGAAGGUUCAACUUCAACUUCAGCUUCAGCUUCAUUGACAUCAACUAGUAAAGAAGAAGAAAAUUUAAAUAUCCCAGUAAGUUAAUUAAGGAUUAU